AUGGCCGGGCUGCAGGGGCACAAGAUCACCGCAGUGACGCUGGUGCCUCUGCUCAUCCUCCUGCCGCUGACGAUGCUCUCUUCCAUGGCGUCGGCCACGCCCCGCUCACCGGCAGCGGUGAGUGGCGAGGGCUUCGCGGUGCUGAGGGAGGUCCCAACUGGACCGAUCAACGAGACCAGCGACCCGCCGCCGCCACUGUCUCAAGUGGCUGAGAGCCCUGUCGUCGACUUUCCGGUACUGAGAAAGGUUCCUACCGGGCCAAGCAACGUGACAAGCGAUCCACCGCCGCCGCCGCCAGUCGCCACGAGCGCUUGA